AUGGAACAAAGGGACAAUGUAACUGAGUUUGUCCUCACAGGGCUCACUCAGAGCCUCCAGGGUCAGAAAAUAUUAUUUGCUGUGUUCUUGCUCAUCUACAUCAUGACGAUGGUGGGCAACCUGCUCAUUGUCCUGACUAUGGUAUUCAGCCCAACCCUGGAUGCCCCCUUGUACUUCUUUCUUGGCUGCUUGUCACUUAUGGAUGCUGUUUAUUCUACUACAAUCACCCCAAAUAUGAUUAUAGACUUUCUGUGUGAGAAGAAAACCAUUUCCUUCCAAGCUUGCAUGACCCAGCUUUUUAUAGAACACUUAUUUGGUGGUGCUAAGAUUUUACUCCUGGUGGUCAUGGCCUAUGAUUGCUACAUGGCCAUGUGCAAACCCUUGUGUUAUUUGACAAUCUUGAAUCAGCGAGUGUGUGUUCUGCUGCUGCUGUUGGCCUGGGGUGGUGGGUUUUUACAUGCUGUAGUCCAACUACUCUUGGCUUACAACCUUCCCUUCUGUGGUCCCAAUAUUAUUGACUGUUUCAUUUGUGACAUGUACCCCUUGUUAAAACUUGCCUGCACUGACACCUAUAUUAUUGGCCUCAUUGUGGUUUUCAAUGAUAGGGCAAUCUGUGUGGUCAUCUUCAUGCUCUUACUCAUCUCCUAUGGGGUGAUUCUGCAAUCCCUGAAGAAUCAUAGUCAGGAAAGGAGGUGCAAAGCCUUAUCCACCUAUGGCUCCCACAUUACCGUGGUGGUCCUCUUCUUUGUGCCCUGUAUUUUUAUGUAUGUGAGACCUCCUUCUACCUUACCCAUUGAUAAAUCCUUGGCUGUGUUUUGUACCAUUAUCACCCCUAUGUUGAACCCUCUAAUCUCUACUCUGAGAAAUGGAGAGAUGCAAAAUGCCAUGAAAAAGCUCUGGGUCAAAAAAGGAAAAUGA